GAAUAAAACUCUUUUCAGUGCAGUAAGUUACAUAAAUACAGAAUUUUAAUUAUGAAUAGUCAUAUAUAUUUGAUUGAAUAUUUAUCUCCUUUAUUUCCAUUUAGGUGUCUUAUAAGUCUUUGAACUUUACUGUUUUGCCAUCUGAAAAACAUAUGAAUUACCUGUGAUAUUUGGACUCUGAUGUGGUUGGGCUAUCUCCCCUCAUACCUGUAGAAAUUGGGUAUUACAUUUCUCUGUAGUUUAGUCUAUGGGAAGGAGAGUUUCAUAUCCUCCCUCCCUUUUCUCUUCAUAAGGAAAUGCAGCCUGAGAGCGAUUCCAUAUUCCAGGCAGUUCAAAGAAUUCUGAACCAUAAGCUGAGCUUAGUCCCAGACUUGGAAUGGCCACAUAUCUGGGUGAAGUUCAUAGUUUGAAACUGGAUGAUGAUUCAGUCAUAGAAGGAGUAAGUGACCAAGUACUUGUGGCAGUUGUGGUCAGUUUCGCUUUGAUUGGUACCCUGGUAUAUGCACUUUUCAGAAAUGCACAUCAAAACAUUCACCCAGAAAACCAAGAACUAGUAAGGGUGCUUCGGGAACAACUUCAAACAGAACAGGAUGCACCUGCUGCUGUUCGACAGCAGUUUUACACUGACAUGUACUGUCCAAUCUGUUUACAUCAAGCCGCCUUCCCUGUGGAAACGAACUGUGGACAUCUCUUUUGUGGUACUUGCAUUAUUGCAUACUGGAGAUACGGUUCAUGGCUUGGAGCAAUCAGUUGUCCAAUCUGUAGACAAACGGUAACUUUACUGCUACCAGUAUUUGGUGAAAAUGACCAGUCUCAGGAUGUUGUACCAUUGCUUCAAGAUAUUAAUGAUUAUAACCGGAGAUUCUCAGGGCAGCCCAGAUCUAUUAUGGAAAGAAUUAUGGAUCUACCCACUUUACUGAGACAUGCAUUCAGGGAAAUGUUUUCAGUCGGGGGCCUUUUCUGGAUGUUCCGUAUCAGGAUAAUACUUUGCUUAAUGGGAGCUUUUUUCUAUCUUAUAUCACCUCUAGAUUUUGUACCUGAAGCCUUGUUUGGAAUUCUAGGCUUUUUAGAUGAUUUCUUUGUCAUCUUUUUGUUGCUUAUCUACAUCUCUAUUAUGUAUAGAGAAGUGAUAACACAGAGACUAAACAGGUGAAAAAAAGAGUUUACUAAAAUAGGAGCUAUUGUGUAAAAUCAAACAAAAGGGACCCAUGGCAGUAUAAAACAUUUGAACAUUAGCUCACAUACUUAAAACCACUGUCUGACAAACAUGUCAUUAUCAUUUGGCAAAUACCUAGCAAUAUAUGACUGGAAUUUUUACAUGUUGCAGGUUCUAAUAUUGAAGUUAGAAUUAUAAUAAUUUAUAGCUGUAUCUUGACUGUGUUGUCUAUAAAGUCUCUGGAAAGAACAUGGAAUUAUAUAAAAGGGAUGCUUUUUUAUAUCUUUUUCUUUUCCCAAAAAUUACUCAGAUUAAUUGGAUGUAUAGUAAGAUAUUGUUAAAUGUACACUUUAUCCAAUUUUUCCUUCUCAGUGCUAAUAUAUUGCAAUGAGAUGCAUCUAAAUAUUUUUGUUACAAUAAAAUGUUGCACAGUAUUGAGGAAAAGCCAGUGUUUCCUUUAGUACUAGCUAAGUUUUGUGCAUUUGGAGCAGUUCUGCUUUUCCAUUCUGAUGUCUUUCUUAUCAGCUGCAAGUGAACGAAGAAACUUGAACUUUAUAAUCUGAUUUCACUUUCUGGUUUCCAGAAUACUAGAAGAAUUAACAACAUGUAGACAUUCAUCUCCAGUCAGCAUACUUAUGUUCUCAGUUAUGGCAUUUAAGCAAGCGUUUGGUCCUUUCACAGGAACAGUAUAUCAAAGGAAUUUGUAAAGGGAAUGUUUUUUCAGGAACCUGGGUGAUACUUCAGACAUGUAGUUUGAUGCAUUUUUGAGGAAAGUGGUUCUUCAUGGCUUGAGUAUCAAAGACUUAGAACAGUACAAGGAACGAUUUAAAUAUGACAAGAGAAAUUACUGGUGAGCCAGAGUAACAGAAUGGACAGAUUUGGUUAGUUUUCUCUUGACAGGAAACUUUCAAUACUGUCUGUAGAUGGCAGCAGAUAGCCCAGAUUCAUCAAGUAUUGUGCAGAAGGAGCAAAUGUUGGAGGUGGUUGAUAAGGAGAGUUAUCUUGGUUUAUUUAAUGGCUACAGCAUAAGUAUCGAAUGCUCUUUUCUGCAGUUGUCUGUCAGAGAAGAACCCAAACCACAAGUACUAUGAAAUCCUAACUCCCUCAGCUGGUACUGCUCAUUAGCAAAGUGGACAGGACAGCAGGGUGGCGCUGAUGCCCAGGGAUGUUAGCUCUGUCACCUGUAGUCACUGAUAGUCAUAUUGUCCAUUCACGUAUUAGUGAGCCUAUGUAUGGACAGGCAAAAAAAGAACAAAUCUGUCACAGUCUCCCAGGUUAACCAGAUUAGCCAUAAACUAAUAAGAUCCUGAACAAAAUGUCAAAAAUAGUGUUUUCUAAUUUGAGCCUAGGACAAAGCUGUUGCUUGUCAGAGAGAAAAUGAUAAUGCUUAAAUAUAGCACAUUGUAAUUAAAGCAACUUCUUCCAUAUUCUUCAUUUUAUCCUUAAGACAGCAUGUGAAUAAGGCAGGGCAUUGUCUUCCUUUUCAUAGGUGAAAUCCCUGUGUUACAGAUGACAGUAUUUUUGUCUGAAGCCACGCACAAACAAGUGACUAGACUGGUGUUAGACUCACUAACUCCUGCAUGGGUUCAGAUAAAUGUGAAGGUUAUUACCAAGGGGCAAAGCUGGAGAGAAACUGGGGUCCUUGGAGUCUUUUGGGACACACUGGAGUAGGAUAGCUUAGGUGCACCUAAGAGGAGAAGUACAGAAAGAUGACAUAUCAACACUUCAUGAACCAUAAUUCUGUACUUCCAAAUCAAACGUCUAAUUGGGUGGCAUACUUCACAGAAAAACAUUUCGGCUGCAUUUACCAACUUAAAAAGCUAAUGAGUAGGAGUUUGUUACACAGACUAGAAAUGCAUUUCCUACCAAUUACAGAUUUGGUGUGGGCUAUAUAGCAAUGUCAUUUUUGAAAGGAUUUUAUUUCCUGUGCAUAUGUUCUGCUUCAAGUGUCACAUUUCUAGUUACAAUAAUUUCAUUGUAAUAUUUGGAAUUCCUUGUAAGUCUUUCCUGGUAGAGGUGUAUUGUACCAACUUUUGUAACAUACAGAAACAUUGUAUGAUCUGAAGUCUUGUUAAAUUGAAAAGGGAACAUGUGGACAUCUCAUAAUUUUAGACUAUUAUGUCAUCUGUAUUGAUCACUGAUAAUUGUAGACAGUAUCUGAGAAAAUAUUUAAAGCAAGUAGAGUCAAUCAAUGUUUUAAACAUAGUAAUACUUCUAUAAUUCUUAAGAGUGAGAUUAUAUAAAUCAAAGCAACAAUUUGGAUUUUUGUAAACAACAAUAUUGUAACUUUCACAAAAAGACGGUCCAACCCCAGGAGCAGGCCUAUGGGAAACAAUACGGAGGAAACAACUGUUCUCACUGCCUACUAGAACAGUGGUUUCAGCUGCUGGUUCUCUGCCUCUGAAAGCAACAAGGGAAGACAAGACUGUGUUGGUCCCUGUGGCUGUGCAGAUACCUACCUCACAGAGUUGCUGCAGAGGAUUUACAGUUUGGUUCAAACUUUGUGAUUUAAGAAUUUGUGAAACUUAUUCUUUUGAAUAAAAGCAAUAUAUCUAAAAUUAGAAA